AUGUUUCAAGUUUUAUCAAAGCAAUUCUUAGCGCUGCCUUUAAUACUAGUAGUGAUUGUAAUCCCUCUCUACUUCUCCGUCAAUUUUAGAGGACCCAAACCAGGAGAAAUCAGUUCUUCUCAGUCUGAAGAAACCCCAAUGGCCACCAACGCUUUCGGUGUGAAGGUUGAAAAAAAUCCCGCUCAAUCCAAACUCACUGAGCUUGGAGUCACAGCAUGGCCCAAGUGGUCAUGUGGUCCAAGCAAAUUCCCAUGGUCAUUUACUGCCACAGAGACUAUGUAUCUGCUGGAGGGCAAAGUGAUUGUUCAAGUUGAUGGGCAUGAAGGAUCUUUCACAAUUGGGGCUGGCGAUUUGGCUGUGUUCCCAAAAGGCAUGAAGGUCACUUGGGAUGUCAUUGAAGCUGUAAACAAGCACUAUAGCUUGGAAAAGUAA